AUGGCAGAUGCCAAAGCAGAAGCACCCGAGACCUCUAGGCGAUGGGAAUCCAUGGCCAAGAACCUUGAUCUGCAGAACAAAACAAUACACAAUAUGAGUCUUCCCUCUGGUUCAAAAUUCAAAUUUGAGCAAUUCCUACUCCUACGGGUGCUGUGGAAGGAACACGAGAACAUCAAAAGCGUCCUUGUGCCGGGAAUGAAAGACUGGAUAGAACGGGCUACCGAAAUGCUUAGACAGUACAAGUCGUGGUCCACGUACUGUGCCAGUUUUCAGACCCCGGAAGACUCCCCCGAAGGAACAUUCGCCAUUGCUCGAUACUAUCAGCGUGAGGCUGCAAAGACGGAAAACAAAGCCGACCCUGGAACCUUCUUCACCCCUAUCUCAGCUCGAACUCGUUCAGCAGUGGAUGCCGACAAGGAUCUUCACAAGGGCCUGCAUGGUCUUAGCUUGGGAAGUCCUAAGACUCCCUCAAGACCAGGGCGUGCACCUUUGCCUAGACUACCAGAUCUUGACGACGAACUGGCUUCAGAUGAUGAUUCAAUCCAACACCUAAUCACAAGCACAAGCACAAGCCCAAGCCCCAUCACCUUGAUUUCUCCAAUCCCAGCGGAACUACGAAAUCUCCUAUAUCCGCGAAGUAAAGACGAACAAAUCGUUAAUACUGCGCUUAUAGUAUUUCUCAAUGCACUCACCAUCCACUUCCCAUUAUCUUUGAAAUGGACAUUGCACCGGAAAGCAUUCGUCGCGCUUUUUGAAAACACGCAAUUCGAAGCCAGAACGGACGGAUAUCUUGACAGUCCUGGCGGAAAUCCCAAAGUCAUUAUCGAGGUCAAAGCUGCCCUAAGAUCCUCGAAUCUCCUGCCUAUUCAAAUGCAGGAGAGUGCUCAAAUGGUCGCUUGGAUCAAAAGCGACACCGAAUUAGCCCGGAAAACCAACACCACGUAUGCUCCUAUCCUGUCUUACUCUAUUGCUGAUUAUAAAGCUAACACAAUCAAUAGGCGUUUUCAUAUUUCGCAAGACAGACAUCAAGUGUAUAUUACAGUUGCUCAGUAUGAUGAGAAGUAUCUUGAAUACAUAGUCGACGGGAAGCUUUCACCAGAUCGGUCUUUCUUGACUAUGAACCAGUAUGGACCGUGGGAUACUACAGAGGGGGGUCAUAUGCGUGUGUUGGGGCCGAUUUUGUUAGCAAUUGCCUUGCGAGCUGAACAGGAGGGCAAGGAAGAGGAGAGCGAAAAUUAG